GUUGUGGUAGGGAUGAGAUUGAGAUACUACCAUCAACAUAUGGCGAUCGUUUUAUCACGUGAAGAAAUUGUUAUUUAUUCUUUUAACUACGAGUGUUUAUAUUUUUGAGUUUUUAAUAUUUUAAUCAUGUAAAUUUAAUGUAUUACGUUGUAGAACAAAUUAUAACAAAAAUGAAACAAAAUCAUUUUAAUUAUUCAUGACAAAGUCUUAGUGAAAUACAAUAAAACCUUGCAAAAUGUUUGGAAGAAGGAAACUAGAUCCAGAGUUGGAGAAGCUGAGGAACGAAGUACAGGGACCACCAAAUUUAGAUACACUUAUUUUAAAUAUUCAGAAAAUAUCAUCACGUAUUCAUGCUGCAUAUUUAUUUGAACAUAUUGGUAGAGCUAUGCUACAGAAACUAUGUUUGCUGUUGAGUUCCACAGCAACAGGGAAAGUUUAUGAUGGAUGGCAAGAGUUUGCAGAUCACAUGGGCUUGACGAGAGAGCAAAUACGUUGUAUAGAUUACGACUUCAAGGGUCUCCAGGAUCCAACAUAUUACGUGCUUUUAACUUAUGUACAAUCUCCGGAGGCAACAAUGAACAAAAUUUUUAAUGCUUUGCAAAAGAUGCAACGGCUUGAUAUAAUAAAUCAAAUUAAGAAUCAUGUAUAUGAUCUAGUUGAUGUUGUAUCACAAUGUGCUAUGAAUGAAGGAUCUGAAAUAAUUCGACCUGGACAUCUACCAAGAGCACCAUUAGUUUUGAGUCCUAUUUUAACUACAGAAACCAGAUUGAAAGAAAACGAAUUAAAAUGCCCGUUACAACAUAUUCAACAGAAGGAUAUUAAACAAAAAUAUAGCUGUAUAGUUAUGUUAACUUUUACGAAUGACGGUUUAUCAACUGCAGAAUCUAUCACAAAGAUAUUUAGAUCCAAGCAACCUCGAAUUGGCGUGCUUAUAUUGCAAGAACAAGAGAAAGGUGUCUACAGUCGAGCUGAAGAAUUUGUAGAUGAUUGCUUUAAACAAGUCAAUUAUAUUAUACCAAUACUAACAAGAGGAUACAUUGAAAGAAUUAGUAAUCUUGGACAAACAUAUGAAGAGAUACAUAAUAAUUUAGAUGAAAAAUACUUGAAAUACAUAUAUUCUUUGUUGAGAUACGAAUAUUUGAAAAAUCAAUGCUGCAACAAUCGCGUGAGAUGUAUUGUGCCAGAUAAGGAUGUUUGUACUGUCGUUCGAGCAAAUCUACAUCCAACAUUGCAAGCAUGGUUUCGCGAAAGUGAUAUCGAUAAUUUUGUGAACAAUAUUCUUUUUCAUAAAUUUUGAAGUGAAAAUUGACAUAUAAAAGUGAGCUUAGAAUAAAAAUUUUAUAAAUGACUUUUAA